AUGGCGGCGAAGAUCCCGACGUUGUUGUCGAUAGAGCAACAGCAACAACAGAAACAGCUCCAUAGACCUCAGUACCAGCAGCGCUGGGGCUGGCGUGACGGCCACCGGCCGAAACUCUCUCCCAGUGAGGAAAGCGACUUUAUUCGCACGUAUGCGUGGCCCAAAGAGACAGAGCUGGCGCUCCAGUGUCUUUUCAAAGGCAACUACGAUGUGCGUCGCGCCGUCGGGUUGAUCCACGACGCUCGUCGGCAGACGCUGCGACUGAAACAGGAAGAGACGGACCGGAUCGACAAGACCACUUUUGAGAGAGCAAUGAACAGACAUGGCAAAAAGUUUCAUCUCGUCAAGCGGCGAUUUGGGAGGAGCGUCACAACGUGCGAGUUGGUGAGUAAGUUUUACUUAUGGAAAGCCACCCCCGGGUACGAAAAGUGGCACGAUGGGCAGCGAGAGAAGAAGAGAAAGAGGGAAGCCAAGCGACUCGAACAAGUUCAUUUGGCGACGGACGAGCACCGAGAGUAUUGCGAAGUCUGCUUGAAAGGCGGCAAGUUGCUGUGCUGCGACGGCUGUGAGCGAGCCUGUCAUCUGAAUUGUGUGCGGCCAGCCCUCUUGGACAUUCCGGAGGGGGACUGGUUCUGCUCUCACUGUCGAGAUGUGGUGCACAAGCACCCGACACAGCCUACUAUGAAGCGGAAUGCUUAUAACUUCUUGGAUUUGGAUGCCGCCACGUGCACUACGACAACGAACUCGAAGACGGACAGCACCAGGUUCAAGGACGAAAGUGUCUUGCCAUUUAUGCACUCCGUCCGUGGGUUUGGAAAGGAGAUGAACGGAAAAGACUUGACGACGACGAAAUACUCGGCGAAAACCAGGCAAAGAACGAAAAGGGGAGACCAAGUCGGCAAAAGGACAAUUGAUACUGAAGAUUUGGGUGGCAUCAGUGACAUGACGACCGAGUCCGAGUCGGACGGCGGUGCAGCCAAAGUCUUUCAUCUCCUUUCGUCGAACUGUGCCGUCACAGUAGCGCCAUCGAAGAAGCGAAGGCAAAAGAAAUUGGCAAUGCAAGAGGUCGUUCACAGACGUCGCUGCAACUCACCAUUAGACUCUUUGGAUGACGAUUGGAGUUGCCCCGUCAAAAGUGCAUAUGGCAAACGGUCGAUCGUGCCACAGCAGAAGGACAUGAAAGGUGCGGCAGCUGGCAACCGGUUCCGAUACGUAAUGCCGGCACUAUCCCUCGAGUAUUGCAGCGACCCGGUGAAACCAGUCUUGAGAGAUAGUAUGUCUCUGCAACUUGAGACCGCAUCUGCAAGUCGGAAGCGCAAACGGCGACACGAUGUGACGCACCGCACCUUGCGAUGA